AUCGGCCCAUGUUCAAAAACUCCAAUGGUUCAAUUUCUUAUGUCACGUCCAGAUUGGGAAUUCCAUCACGCCUCGUCCUCUCCGUCCCGACCAGAAUCAUCGCUUCUUCCUGCUCCGGCGAUAUCCGCCGCCGCCUGCGGUCCGGCCGAGAUGGGGAGCACUUCCUCUAUGCUCACCCAAUACGAUAUCGAGGAGGUCCAGGACCAUUGUAACCACGCAUUCUCGCAGCAGGAGAUCGUAUCGCUGUACCACCGCUUCUGCCAGCUCGACCGUAACGGUGGUGGCUUCGUCUCCGCUGACGAGUUCAUGUCGGUCCCUGAGUUCGCCGUAAAUCCCCUCUCCCAGAGGCUCCUGAGGAUGCUGGAUGGGCUCAACUUCAAGGAGUUUGUAGCAUUUUUGUCAGCUUUUAGCCCCCGCACAAGCCUGCAGCAAAAGAUUGAAUUUAUUUUCAGGGUUUAUGAUACUGACUGCAACGGGAAGGUUGCUUUUGAUGACAUCUUGAGCAUCUUGCGAGAUCUGACAGGUUCAUUUAUGACAGAGCAACAGAGACAGAUUAUUGGCAAUUCUGAGCUCAAGAUGGAGGUUGAAGUUCCUAUUGACUAAAAACCUAACAAGCAUCAUCUAGUUGCUUCAGGCCUGUAUCUUCAUUUGUGUUAAAUUAAGUAGAUGGUAUAUUUAUAUCCUUGCAACUCAAAUCAUGAUCAGAGAUGUAAUUAAGGAAACAUAUGUACCUGCUAUUUGGAGGUUUAGUUGGCUCGCACUUAUACACAACGCUUGUUAUACGCCGUGAUAUCUUCCAGAUAACCUUACGGAUGUAAGGUUCACUACAAAUGUGUCAAAAAAAAUUAAAUGAUCAAGGCAUUACUGAA